AUGCACGCGCACCCUUGUCCCGCGGCGAGCAGCGUCCAGGCCCCGGGGCGCGUUGUGGUGUGGGGGACCCAUGAGUGGUUCGCCGGGGAGGCUGGGGACGGCGUCCCCAAGCUCCCGCUGCUGACAUGGCUGACACCCAUCAACGCAUCAACGCUCUUUUCUCGCUUUGCUUUGGUGGCGGCGGCGUGCACGACAUUGCCCUCAACAAACGGUGCCGCCCCCGAGGUAGCAAAGUAG